GACUGUGAAAAACGAAAAAUUUGUUCAGUUAAUGUCAGGAAAACAUUAGUGCCCCCACAUGAGUGUGUAUAAGUACAAGGGGAAACACGUUUAGAAAAACCUUUUCAAGAACAAACAAAAAAACUAUCCACAAGCCACAUCCACGCCGAGAAACCCGAAAACGAAUACUGCUCCAUCAUGCAGGUGGCUAAGCCCAAGGAGGGCAAGCAAAAGAAGAUCAGAGGAUCCAAGAACAAGGGAGAAGGUGGCGGGGGUGGUGGCGAUGCCGAUGACUUUGAUGCUUGGAUGAAAUCGCGCCAAUUGAUCAAGCCGGAUGACCAGCUGGAUCUGACAGAGGCCGAGCUCGGGGAGGAGGUCACCAAGGUGCUCACGCCCACAAAUACAAAUGUGCUACGCAAUUUGGUUGUGUUCAGUUUCAAGGAGGGCGAAUAUGUGUCGGCACCCAUGCCGGGCAAUACUGUGACUUUAAUAAGCUUUCCGGGAAAUUCGCUGCACGUGGACUCCGAAGAGGCGCGCAUUCAGGUUGAGGAAUCCGAUGAAAUCGGUUAUCCAUUGCCCAUGCCGAACUAUUCGGUGGUCGAGCAGCGGGAAACCGUAAUGGAGGGCGAAGAAGAAGGCGAAGGGGAAGGCGAAGAGGACGAGAAAAGCGAUAUUGGAAGCAAACACGGUCAUAUCGCUGGCGAGGAAGAGGAAGCCGAGGAAGAAGAGGACGAGGAGGGUAAGGCAACAGAGGGCGAAGCCGCCACCGAGACCGAGGCUGCCGGCGAGGACGAGGAGCAGGGCGGAGUACAGCAAGCAGUUGCUACUCCAGGCAAAAAGCGUAAACUGAUCAAUCAAUUCAACUAUUGUGAACGAGCUACUCUGACCUAUGUCAAUCCCAAGCGUAAUGUGGACACUCAAACCAUUCCGCCGCCUCGUUCCCAGUUCGGCGCCAACGUGCUGCAGUGGGUCAUCUAUGACACCUAUAUGGAGGACUACGAGGAGCAGCAGAAAACGGGCCACAUCCAUGGAGAUCAGAGAAGACGCUCGACCAAAAAGAGCUUCAAAAAGAAGACCGCCUUGGCGGAGCAGCUCAACCGCAAGUAUGUCAGAUGCUGGCAAAUUCUGGAGCGUAUGAUAAACCAGAAUAUAUACGACGAUAUUGGCAACGACUAUCGCUAUUGGGAGGAUCCGGCCGAUGAGUAUCGCGAAGGCGAGGGCAACCUGCUGCCACUUUGGAAGUUCCAAUACGAGAAGACCAAGAAAAUGAACGUCACCGAGAUUACGUUCAAUCCGAGCUACUACGAUCUAUUCGCCGUGUGCUUCGGUUCACAUGAUUUCCUAAAACAGCCCAAUGAAGGCUAUCUGUGCCUGUUCACCGUGAAGAACCCCUCGUAUCCGGAUUACAUAAUUCAAACGGAUUGCGGCGUCAUGUGCUGUGAUAUCCAUCCACACUAUCCGUUCCUUGUGGUCAUCGGCCUGUACGAUGGCAAUGUGGCCGUCUAUGAUCUGCGUGAUGGCUGCAAGGAGCCCAUGUACGUCUCUAGAGGAGUUAAAUGUAAGCAUGCCGAAUGCGUUUGGCAGAUCAAAUGGGGACCGGACAUGGUUGACGGCGAAAUCAACUUCUAUUCUGUUUCCUCCGAUGGCUGCGUCUUUAACUGGAUUCUGAUGCAGAACAAACUGUGGGUAACCACCAUAAUUACGCUUUAUCUAGAGAACGGCAUUGCGGAUGGACCGGAUGGCACCAAAGUCACACUCAGAAGUGGCGGCUCCUGUGUUCAGUUCCAUCCCACAGAUACAGCCGUCUUUCUUGUCGGCACCGAAUGCGGUCUGAUCUACAAGUGCAGCACGGCGUUUAGCUCCAAGUAUCUGAUGACCUACUAUGCACACAAUAUGUCCGUGUAUCGCAUCGACUACAAUCGCUUUGAUUCGAAUAUAUUUGUGUCCUGUAGCGGAGAUUGGCGCGUCAAGGUCUGGGAGGACAUGCGAGCCGAUCCGCUUUUCAUAUUCGACCUCGGCUCUGCCGUUGGCGAUGUCAAAUGGGCGCCCUAUUCGAGCACCGUAUUCGCAGCGGUCACCACCGAGGGCAAGGUGCAUGUCUUCGACCUGAAUGUGAACAAAUACAAGCCCAUAUGCGUGCAGGCUGUGGUGCCCAAGCGCAAAAAUAAACUGACCCGACUGGCCUUCAAUGAGAAGCUGCCCUUCAUUGUGGUGGGCGAUGAGAAGGGAGUUACCACCUCCUUAAAACUGUCGCCCAACCUUCGCAUCAUGGUCAAGCCACCGAAGAAGCAGCUCUAUCUCGACCAGCUGACACUGCAGAACGCAAAGCUGGAGAAGCUAUUGUCCCUGGUAAGGGAGUUGCCGGAGGGUUCACCCGUGCCGGAUGCAGCUACCACUGCACGGACUUAGACGCCAGCUAUCACAAUGAUAAUGUAUUAUAUUUUGAUAAGUUAACCUAUUAAAUAAGUACGAAUAGUA